AUGAGCAAGCGCCCGGCCGACCCGCAAGACGACGAGCGCGACGCCCUCAAGUCCGGCGAGCGCCCCGUGCCCGCCGCUCUGCCCGACGAGGCCGGCGAGUUCGAGGACGAGUACGAGGACGAGUAUGAGAGCGAGGACGAGAUCAUUGAGGCUGGCGUAGACGGCCGCCCCGACGAGGAGCGGGAGGCAGAGGAGCGCGAGGAUGCCAUGGAAGUCGACCAGGGCACCUUCAUUCCUGGCCGCCACAAGCUCUCCGCCGGCGAGACGCUCGCGCCAGAUCUUUCCACCUACGAGAUGCUCCACUCCCUAGAGGCCCCGUGGCCGUGCUUGUCAAUGGACAUUAUUCGUGACCAGCUGGGCGACGACCGCAGGUCCUAUCCCGCCACCGUCUACGCCGUCGCCGGCACCCAGGCCGCCUCAGGCCGCGACAAGGAGAACCAGCUUCUGGUUAUGAAGAUGAGCAGCUUGAGCCGCAUGGACCGCGAGCAGGACGAGUCGGAUGACGAUAGCGACGACGACGAGAACGCCGACCCCAUCCUCGAAACCAAAUCAAUCCCGCUUACUUCGACGACCAACCGGAUACGCGCCCACCAGUCUCCACAGGUCACCUCUGCUCAAGCACCGACCACCCUGACCGCCACCAUGACCGAGUCUGGCCAGGUGCUGAUCCACGACAUCACGCCGCAUCUCACAGCCUUCGACACUCCCGGCUCCACAUUGACGCCGCAACAGUCGAAACCCGUGUGCACCGUCCGUGCCCACGGCAAGAACGAAGGCUAUGCUGUGGACUGGUCGCCGCUGGUGCCUGAAGGCAAGCUCUUGACCGGCGACGUUACUGGCCGCAUCUUCGCCACCACCAGGACACAGGGCGGUGGCUUUGUCACCGACACCACCCCUUACACUGGUCACAAGGAGACGGUCGAGGAGCUGCAGUGGUCACCAACGGAGAAGAAUGUCUUCGCAUCUGCCGGCAAUGACGGCACCGUGCGUAUCUGGGAUAUUCGCUCCAAGUCUCGGAAGCCCGUUAUCACCGUCCAGGCCAGCAAGACUGAUGUCAACGUUCUCUCGUGGUCGCACCAGACUGCCCACCUUCUGGCGUCUGGCGCGGACGAUGGUCAGUGGGCUGUGUGGGACCUGAGGCAGUGGAAGCCUAGCGCCAACGGUGCGGCUAUCAAGCCAAGCCCCGUUGCCUCGUUUGAUUUCCACAAGGAGCAGAUCACCUGUGUCGAGUGGCACCCUACCGACGACAGUAUCGUUAUGGUUGCUUCCGGUGACAACACGCUUACGCUGUGGGAUUUGGCUGUCGAGUUGGACGACGAGGAGAGCAAGGAUACGGCCGGCGUGCAGGACGUGCCACCGCAACUGCUCUUCGUCCACUACAUGGACCAGGUCAAGGAAGGCCACUGGCAUCCGCAAAUCCCAGGAUGCGUCAUGGCUACUGGUGGCAGUGGAUUUGGAGUGUUCAAGACCAUCAGUGUUUAG